AUGACGGGUGUGGAGGGGACCACAUUUUCUGUGUCAAGUCACGGAUGCUUAACACGAUGUCUUCUCUCCCCCCUCCUAGCUACCAGGGAGUCAGCCUUCGUUCACGCCAUCGCCUCCGCCGGCGUGGCUUUUGCGGUGACCAGAUCCUGCGCUGAAGGGUCGGCUACCAUCUGCGGAUGCGACACACGGCACAAAGGCCCUCCAGGAGAAGGCUGGAAAUGGGGAGGCUGCAGCGAGGAUGUGGAGUUUGGGAGCAUGGUGUCCCGGGAGUUUGCUGAUGCGCGAGAGAACAGGCCGGACGCGCGCUCAGCCAUGAACAGACACAACAACGAAGCCGGAAGGACGUCCAUUAUCGACCACAUGCACCUCAAAUGCAAGUGUCAUGGGUUGUCCGGCAGCUGCGAGGUGAAGACCUGUUGGUGGUCCCAGCCUGACUUCCGGGUCAUCGGCGACUACCUCAAAGACAAAUACGACAGCGCUUCCGAAAUGGUGGUGGAGAAGCACAGGGAGUCCCGUGGCUGGGUAGAGACGCUGCGGCCCAAAUAUAACUUCUUCAAAGCCCCGACCGAGAGGGACCUGGUCUACUAUGAAAACUCGCCCAACUUCUGCGAGCCGAAUCCCGAAACCGGCUCCUUCGGCACCCGCGACAGAAUCUGCAACGUCACCUCACACGGGAUCGAUGGUUGCGACCUCUUGUGCUGUGGGCGCGGGCACAACACGCGGACUGAGAAGAGGAAGGAAAAGUGCCAUUGCAUCUUCCACUGGUGUUGCUACGUCAGCUGUCAAGAGUGCAUACGGGUCUACGACGUCCACACGUGCAAGUAAAACAGAACGCCCUCACUCCUGAGAAACGAAUCAACUUUUUCUGUGAGGAAAGUCGACUUCUUGAGAUCGAACGGAAACAAAAACAAAAAUAAUAAUAAUAUUCACACAAAGAGGCUAAAAAAAAAACAAAAUUGGUCGGCUAGAAUAGGCCUCAUUUCUCCUUGAUGAACACAUCUGGAGUUCACGUCGCAACUCCUGGCAAGCCGAGAAAUGAACAAACCAACGUAUUCUGCCCGUCGUCUCUACUGGAGACUGUGGUUUCUUUCACUAGUCAACAACGUAGAGCGGGAUAGUGGGUGGCUAGCUGGUUUCCAGAAAGUUCUGGAACCUCUGCUCUUUCCUCUCUCAACGUGUACAGCAGGACUCAUGCUGUUAAGUGUCCUUUGAAUGUUAUGCGUCUUCCUGAUAUACGGCCUUUGUGCAUUAUGAGCAUGGACAAAGCUUCUAGCGCAAUGACUCUUAACGUCCCAGCCCAGCCCGUAGCAACUGUAUCUCAACUGCUAAGUUUCUGUGUAUAAUAUUAACAACAGGUGACGCAUUGCUGUUUUUAAAGGCCCUUUGUUCGACUUCUCGCAGGAAGUGGGAGAACUUGCAAGUUACUCUUCGUUCUGCGGAAUGGCCAGAUUGGU